AUGAGCAUCCAAGCACUUGCGCUCUGCGGGCGCGCCGUGUUGAGAGCGAAGUCGACCUCGGCCAUACUAAGAACCUCACGGAGGGAGAUCCAAGCUUACACCAACCAGUGGAAGCUGGAAGAAAUCCGCAUCCCGACCCCCUGUGGUACUUUGGCGGCGAAAGCGUGGGGCGACGCGAGUGCGAAACCCAUCUUAGCUCUCCAUGGAUGGCAAGACAACGCGAAUUCGUUUGAUCUGCUCAUACCUUAUCUCAAGCCCAAGUACAGGAUAAUCGCACUGGACUUCAUAGGCCACGGUUACUCGUCCCAUUUGGCGCCCGGUCUAUUCUAUUCUCCGAACAGCUUCAUCAUGGAUAUACAGCGUGUCGCCGACUACUACGACUGGGAGCAGUUCACUAUAAUCGGGCAUUCCAUGGGCGGAGGCAUCGGGCACGUUUACGCGAUGCUCUUCCCCGAUAGACUUAAGACAUUGGUGACCAUUGACGUGCCCCUGCCUGCCACGAUGACGACGGACAAGUUUGUCAUGAUGACCGUUUUCUCUACCUUGAAUCUCCUCCGCAUCGAAAGGGAGUACUUCGGCGAGAAGCCCUUCGCUUACCCAGAAGCUGAGAUUAUCGAGAAGCAUAUGACAGCCAUCAGAAAUGCUUAUACAGAGGAUGCGUUGAGGGUACUCAUGAAAAGAGGAUGCACAAGGAUAGGCGAAGAUCAAUACACCUUCAACCGAGAUAGACGGCUCAAAUAUAUAUAUUGGAACUCGUUUGACGCGGAUACCUCCGAGCAGCUCGCAGCGUUGUAUAAAAACGAGCUUCUAGCCAUCCGGUGUCUCCCUAUGCAAUUCAAACGGGAAGGCUACCAUAAGAUUCAACAAAUUCAUCAAGAGAACUGCUCGCGGUAUCAAUAUACGGAACUCGAGGGACUUCACCACAUACAGAUGACAGACCCGCAGAAACUAGCUCCAGUGAUCAACGACUUCCUCGAUGGAUGUGAGACUUGACAGAAUUCUACUUUGCCAGCAAAUGAGAAGCGAAUCGAGAAGCAUACGUGUUCUACAUCUAGAUAGGCCGUGAUGUUCAUUCGUUAGAAGAUGUUA